CAAGAAAUCUUUGUCUUCUGGCUUGCAGCGGAGCUCUCUCGUGCUGUGGUCCACUCAAUGCGUACACUAAUUAGUGCGUAAAGACGCUCAACACAACCGCUGCGCACAUUGUUCGUCAUUGCCAAGGGUCUCUCGCGUCUCAACAGAAGACUCAAUACAACCUCUGACAGUACAACCAGCUAUCGACCACCCAAUCAUAAAGCAAAAGCAGAGGGGGAAAAACGAGAAAGAGUGGGAGGGGAGAAUAGAAUAGAACAGGAAAAAUAUUAUAAGGAAGAAGAAAGAGAACGCAAUGGAAGAACUCAACCUCCUCAUCCUCGGCGCCGGUUGGACGGCCACCUUCCUCAUUCCGCUCCUCCAGUCCCGCAACAUCUCCUUUGCGGCAACCACAACCACAGGCCAUCCCGUCGCCGGCGUUCCAACCCUCCCCUUCAAAUUCGACCCCUCAGCGCCUGAGCACGAAACCCGCUCGGCCAUCGCGGCCCUGCCCCGCGCCCGCCACAUCCUCAUCACCUUUCCGCUCAUCGGCGCCGGCCCCAGCCGGCUCCUUCUCUCGACCUACACCGAGACGCAUCUCACUUCGGUAUCCACCGCCCAGCCAGAUGAUGGCACCGGUCCAUUCCGCUUCAUCCAGCUCGGGAGCACCGGCAUCUGGCAGCAACAACAACAACGACAACAACAACAACAACAACAAAAACACCAAGAAGCGCCCACUCCAACCUCGCCCUGGCUGACUCGGCACUCGCCCUACGCCCGGGACAACCCGCGCGCCGUCGCCGAGGACGAGCUGCUCGCCCUGGGCGGGUGCGUGCUCAACCUCGCGGGCCUGUGGGGCGGCACCCGGGCACCGCGCCGCUGGGCGCGCCGCGUGGCGCCCACCAAGGAGGCCCUGCGCGGCAAGGCGAGCCUGCACCUCGUCCACGGCGCGGACGUCGCGCGGGCCCUCGUCCGGCUCGUGGAGGGCGACGCCGUCGGGUCGCUGUGGGACCGGGCCGGUAGGGGCCAGCGGUGGAUGGUCACGGACGGGUUCGUGUACGACUGGUGGGCCUUGGUGGUUGGCUGGGCGGAUUCUGCUGCUGCGGAGGAGGAGGAGGAGGAGGAGGAGGAGGGCGAGGGCGAGGGCGAGGCCGAGGCCGAGGUAGGGGCCGAGCCGACUGAGCGGGCUCGCUGGGUGUUUGAGCUCAUGAGGGAGCACGGGAUCAGGGCAUUGCCCAGGCCGAUGGAGACGCUGGGGAGGUGCUACGACACGAGGGAGUUCUGGGAGGCGUUUGGGCUAGUGCCGUUAAAGGGGCGGAUGUGCUGAUCCGUUUAGAACAGGGGGAUGUGCGCGUGGUUAAAAUAGAAAGCUCCUGAAUAAUCGUGACCUUGGGUUGUAUGGGAAACACCUAAUUAAUUAAACCUGAUCAAUACCUCCAGUGUGUUAUUGUAAAGUUUAGCUCAAUAUUCUGAAGAGACCAGCCUACAUAAUGUCAAAGCGUGG